GAAGAACAACCUCGUAUGGGAGAGAGCAGAGGGCGCCCAGGGCCGAGCCCGCAAGGCCGGGGCACGGGGGCAGAGCCCUCAGGUACCGCCUGAGGCCACAUGCCACCCCCGCGCCCGGAUGUGUGACCCACUGAAGGAAAAGGCUUCUGCCUGCGGGCUGGAUGUGAAUGGACAAGACCCAGGACAGGGCCCUUGGGCCUCGGCCCAGCACGGCCAGCAUCCAGGUGCGGGAGCUGAGCUGGCAGGGCCUGCACAACCCCCGCCCGCAGAGCAAGGACCCAGACGGCAGGGAAGGCCUGGGCAAGCGGCUGGUGGAGGAGUGCCUGUCCCCCGCCCGACUGCGGACCCUGGCCCAGGUGGACGACCUCCGGCUGGUCACCGUGCUAGAGAUGUGUGUCGAUACCCGCGAGCACAGCCUGGGCAACUUCGGGCUGCACCUGCCCAACCUCAGCCAGCUGAAGCUGAGUGACAGCCGCCUGGGCUCUGUGAGAGACCUGGGCACCUCCCUGGGCCACCUGCAGGUGCUGUGGCUGGCUCGCUGUGGCCUGGCCGACCUGGACGGCAUCGGCUGCUUCCCGGCCCUGCAGGAGCUGUACGCCUCCUACAACGACCUCUCGGACCUCAGCCCGCUGUGCCUGCUCGAGCAGCUGGAGGUGCUGGACCUGGAGGGCAACGGCGUGGAGGACCUGGGGCAGGUGCGCUACCUGCAACUGUGCCCACGGCUGGCCACGCUCACCCUGGAGGGCAACCUGGUGUGCCUGCGGCCACGCCCCUCCGACCAGGCGCCCCAGGGCUACAACUACAGGGCAGAGGUGAGGAAGCUCAUCCCCCAGCUGCAGGUCCUGGACGAGAGGCCCGCCGCGCACACAGGUCUGCCAGCCUCCCGGAAGCUGGACCAGGACUGGCUCAUGGUGAAGGAGGCCAUCAAGGAGGGCAGCAUCCUGGACAGCCUGCGUCCCAGGCUGGACGGCCCCCACGGAGACCCCACUCGGAGAUUCGGCCCCGAGCGGUCCCUGCCCGUGCCCAGGGCUCCCAGGCCUUGGCCCCUCUCCCUCCUGGUCCCGGGAGGUCCCCCGCCUGAAGGUCUGCACCCCAAGAACCCGGCCCUGGAGGACGACGCCAGUGACCUCACACACGGUGCGGGCCAGGUCCUCUGUGGGAACCCCACCAAAGGCCUCCGGGAGCGUCAGCACCGGUGCCAGGCCGGAGUGCCCCCAGAGCAGCUGCCCCCACCCAGGCUGGAAGACCUGGUCGCCCGGGCCUCCACCCCGGGGCCUGGCCCUGCGGAGAGCGGUGACCUCCCAGCCGCAGCUGGACCUCGGACGUGGAGGGGGCAGCGGCGCCUACGGCACCUGAAUUCCGGGCCGGAAGGAGCAGCAGCCCCCCGGGGCUCACAGAGGGGCCUCGAAGAACAACAGGAUGGGACAGGGCCCAGGACUUCCCCCAACUCCCCAAGUCUGGCCCCAGAGCCUUCUAGGACCUGGGGCUAUAACCUGCUCCCCUCUCCCCCCAAGGUCCCCAUGCCACCUGACUCGAACAGCAGCUGCUGGACGUCCAAAGACCUGCAGUUCCGGGGGCGUCGGCUCCGAGCCCUGGGCGGCUCGGGGCCUGGCCUCGGUCAGGGGCUGGCCACAGUGGCCGCUCUGAGAGCCCUGGAGCUGGCCUCCGGACCGAGCCCUCGAGCCCCAGGAUGUCUGGGCCCAAAGGCAGCACCAGACGCAGCCGCAGCCAGACCCACGGCCCUGAGGUGCCUGCCGCACCUGAACCCGAUCACGCCAGCCCAAUCCCACCCCUAGCGGAAGCCCCCGCCCACUGCCCAGCUGGCCAGGACCCUGGCCACGAGCGCCCCAGCUUGGCUGAGCAGCCUCCGGACACCCAGAGCGUCUGGAGGGUGUCCUGGGACAGGAGGUGGGCGGGACCAGGAGAGGCCCCUGUUGUUGGGGAGAAGUGGGUGAGAGCCCAGGACGGCCUGGCUGCCCACUUCUUCCACGGCUGAGCUGUCCAGUCCACUCCUGGCAGGGCCCCCGGCCACCGCAGGGGCACUGUGGUCCCAGGCCCCCAGGGCAGUUGCCCUGGACACAGAAGUGUGGGGCCAGGCCUCCCAUCCCCACGGACGCCUAGGUUCGUCCUCUUGGGGCGGGAAGUCUGGAGACCAAGAGAAUCACCUUCGACUUCCGGGUGCACAGA